AUAUGUUUUAUUCUAAGGUCACCGCACACCAGUGACCAAUCACAGCUCUUGUUUUAGAAGGAGCGGCUGUGAGGCGCUCCGCUAUUGGUGGAGUCCGGGCAUGGUGCGUCCAGUGUGUGGAGGAGAAGGUGACCGGAGCCGGGCACAGAGCGCCUUCUACUUCCGCCUUCCCCACCACACACCGCAUACACACAGGGCUGCCGGGCCUCCGAUUGGUGAAAAGUAAUGGGAAUAAAGUCAAUAUGGAAGAACUACAAAGUUUUGAUUGUAAUGGGAACAGGUCUUGGACUAACGCACUGGGGCUGGUAUCGUAUCAAUUCAAACCCAAUUUUUAAUCCUGCGGCAGAGGUCCAAGCACCAUCCUUUAUCCCUUUUUUUCAUGACAAAAACAGAGAUGCCAAAGAAAAAUAGCGAUCAACUAAAGGUUUCUCUUUGGAGCCCUCUUUCUUACUGCUGAACAAGGAGCCAUGAAAGCUAAAUCGUUUUUAAGGAGGAAUUGGCUCUGGGUUGCAGGAGCAUCUUUUGUAGGCAUUCACUUUGGGACAUAUUUUAUGCAAAAGGUGGCCAAAAACUCUGCCCGGGACACGAUGGCUAUAAAGGACAAUAAGAGCCGCAACUGAGCCCACUAGAUGUCAUACUUUUCCUGGCUCCACCACAGGAACUCCCAUCCCAAUCACCAUUCACAGUUCUGUUGACACUUUACUGAUCUGCUAUUGUGAUGUCAUACAUUUUGCCCAUGCUCACAUGAGAUAAAUAAAUGAUCAGUUUUAAAUUAUAAAACAAGAGCCUGAGUUGUUUCUUGGAAGCAUAAUCUGAAAUCUUAGGUUUAAUCAUGGCAAAAGUCGAGAUGAAAAAGCCAUCGCAGUGUACAGCUGGACCCGUAACUAGUGCUUCAAUCAAAGGACCACUGAAUGUGCUACAGAUGAUUGUAGCAUCAUGCUACGGACCAACUGGUAGGCUCAAACAUGUCCAUAAUGGUAGUGGAGGUUAUGUUAUUACAACAUCACAGUCCUCCGCCUUACUUGGUGGCUUGUCUAUUAGCCAUCCAGUCUUACAGUUGCUUGUGUCCUCUGUCCGUAAUCAUGUAUCUCACUUCAAUGAUGGUGGGCUUUUUGCGGCAAUUCUUUGCUGCAACCUCAUUGACAGAUGCCUGGCGUUACCUUUGUCCCCUCACAAGGUAAUCACUAUAAACAAAAGACUUUUGGACAUGUGCUUGAGUUAUCUGACAUCGGAGGACUGUGCAUGCAAACUAAAGGUAGAUUUUAGUUGUAACUCCUCGUUUUUUGAUCUAACAAGAUCUGUGCUUUGCAGUAAACCUGCUUGCAUGGUUACCAUAAAAGAAGUAGACUACAUUACCGUUUUAGUUGUCAAAGCCUUUCUCUUCAAAGUCCCUUUAGAAAGCAGAUCUAAUAUGGUAUUAGGGAGGACCGUGAUGGUUCCUGUUGAAGGUCUGAGUGUAAUGGAAUCCACUUUAGUUCCUGGUGUUCUCAUUGAAAUGCCAGGUAGCAGUUGGAACAGAAUACUAGCUUUGCCAGACUUGCCACCUGCAAACAUUAAAUUGGCCUUGUUUUCCGUUUCAAUGUCUGGAGAUUUUAGUGAUACAGGAGAUGGCUCUGUGGAUGUGGUGGAUAGUGUAAACCCAGAACACGUCAUGCUGGAACAGUUGCUGGCCUUAGGCAAACAGUUAGUGGAUGACCAUGUUCAUGUACUUGUCUGUCAAAAAGUCAUUCAUCCAUCUCUGAUGCAAUAUUUAAAAGAACAGAAGAUCCUUGCUGUGGAAAGAUUAGGAGCGGCUCUUAUGGAACCACUAAGUCAAAUGACAGGUGCACAGUCUAUAGCUUCUCUGAGCAGUCUUUCCUCUGCUUGCUAUGGCAGCCUCGGGCAAAUCAGCAAAAUGUCCCAUGGAAACAAGCAGUACUUGCAUCUUAUUCCCUCUGACACGUCUGUGUGCAGCUUUCUGCUCUGCAACCGAAACGAGACAUCCCUGAAAGAGCUUGUGAGAGUUUGUCAAACUGCUGAAAAUACUUUAAAUCACCUGCUUAAGGACCCCUGGCUGCUCCUUGGAGGCGGCUGCACUGAAACACAUUUAGCUGCUUAUGUCCGCUAUAAGAAUGCCAAUAUCCACAGCAGCCAUCUGGAAGGGCAGAACUGCUCCGUGGCGGAAUAUAAACUGGUGUCAGAAUGCUUCUCUUCUUGCUUAGAAUCAGCAGCACGAAGUCUGGAACAUGAUGGAGGAGACAGUCUUACCGAUCUUCAGGAUGGUCACUUCUGGUCCAUUCCUCCUAAUUCUACUCUAGACUUCAACUGUAUAGAGACUGGACAGAAGUGUGGCUGUCAGUUACUUGGAAAGGGUGAUGACAUGGAGUGGAGCAUGCUAGGCGGUGCCCACAAAGCAUUCAGUCCACGAAGCAGCACAGAUGUAUCCCCAUUAUUAAUAAACAAAGAGCCACUGGUCGUUGAUGGUUUCACUGCAAAAUACAAUGGACUCAGAGUGGCUGUGGACACGGCAGGGCUGAUUUUGGACCUGGCGUAUGUUAUCAAAGAUGAAAAUUGAGUGUGAUUGUUAAAUAUAAACCCCUCUUUGCGAUCCACUAUUGCAGAAGCAAUAGAUCAACACCAAGAAAGAGAAGGGGAUGCAGAUCUAGAGACCAGAAUAAUUGAGCCCCACCUAGGUAUAAAUGAGAGAUAAAUAACUAUAUAUGGCUAUAUAAAAUAAAUUUGCAUAUAAUUGCGUGUUCUCGGGUGCCUUUGUAUAUGUGGAAGACAACUUUUUUUUUAUUUUUUUUACUUUAAUUAUAUACUUUUGUAAUUAUUAUUAUUUAAUAAAGUAUUUAUUAUUCUUUUUGGUACAUUUAUAGUUAUUUAUCCAUCAGUUAUACCCCAGGGGCUAAUUUUUUCUGGCCUCUAGAUCAGCACCCCCUUCUCUCUCUUGAUCCAUCUAUAGCAGGGGUGUCCAAAGUUUUUUCAAAGAGGGCCAGAUUUGAUGAA